GUCAGCCAGCCCGGCAACCAGCGGCGGCGACGAGUCUAUCUCGAUCGGCGGACCGGGACGGUCGUGCGCGUUCUCGCUUCACGAUUCGCGGAUAUUCAGUUUUCCAUUUCCAGACCAACGGCCGAAGUGGUUACGAAACAACUCGAUAUGUUACGUCAAAAUAACAUAGUAUUAAAUUAAAUUCAAUUCAACACGAACUGACUGAAAAGAAACUAUUGGAAAUAAUUACAGUAAUUUUUAUUAAGACAUGUGUUUAAAUCAAGUCAUGGUACUUGAAUAAAACCAAAAUAGUGAUCGAAUUACACUUAAUAAAAUAUCAGUGUUAGUGCUAGGGUGCCAGGAAUUUUUUAAUCUGGCACGCAAGAAUUUAUUCGCAGGACGAACAAACAAAACAGAUGAAUAUCGCUGAACGGUGAAAGGAAAGUGGCGAGUGUUGGAUUACAUUCAUCCUUCGACGACGUACCUCCGGUGUCAGGUGGCAGUGUCACUGUCGCUGACCUUAAACAUCGACUAAUCAUCGAAUAAACAAUAACAUCAAGGAUCAAUUCCUGACAAUUUCAAAAGUCCGCGAAAGUUACUUUCAUAGCAAAAAAAAUGAGACGCACAAGACGCCACAAGUUCCUCCAGAUUUCUGUCUUCUUCCUGAUCUACUCGAUCAUCCACGUCCUGUCGGAACACUCGGGCAAUAAGACAGAGGUGUCCAUCAAGGAAGUGGUAAAGGAAACUAUCAUUAAUGAUCCAGUGAAAGAAGCAAGUGAACAGCUGAAAGAGGUGGGUGAUAAGCUAAAGAUAGACUCGACGCCAACACCCGUCGUUUUGAGAUCGACUAUCGGGCCGCAAAAGCGCGAAGAAAUAAAAAAAGAGAAAGAAUUAGAGAAAGAAAUAAAAGAAAAAGAGAAAGAAGCGGUGACGUCAACACAAACACCUUUGACUACGGAAGCGCCACACAAAGGUCAUCCAACAUGGCGGCGUAAACGCACCAAUUGCACGCCACCUGCCAUUGAACAAUUUCCGAGGCCAUUGAUGGGGCCCUGGGGACGUAAACACGGCGGCUUGCUUCUUCAUGUCCUGGUCGCAGUGUACACGUUUCUAGGAUUAGCCAUCGUUUGUGAUGAAUAUUUUGUCGCAUCACUUGAUCGAAUAUGUGAAGAAUUAAGACUAUCACCAGAUGUCGCCGGUGCUACUUUCAUGGCGGCCGGAAGUUCUGCUCCCGAACUGGCCACUGUAAUAAUCGGUGUAUUUUUUGCCAAAGACGACAUAGGAGUUUCCGGUGUGAUUGGUUCGGCCGUGUUCAACAUCAUGUUUGUCAUCUCCGUGUGCGCUCUGUGUACUUCGACCGUCAGCUAUCUCAACUGGUGGCCACUGGUGCGCGACUGUUUCUUUUACGCCCUGUCAAUACUCAUCAUGCUGUUCACUAUUUACAACGAUACUAUCACCUGGGGUGAAUCCUUAUUUAUGUUGAUCAUGUACGUGGUCUACUGUGUGGCGCUCCACUUCAAUCCAUUAUUGGAGGCUUGGGCGCACACACUUCCAUUACCAUUCAAACUGCCCACUCCUGAAGAGAAUGCUGCUAUUGUGAGCAACUACAAGACCUUGGAUGAGGAGCGUAAUAAACGUGCCAGUUAUGGUAGCCCUGUUGGUAAUCCCGAAAAUAUUGAACAAGGAUAUGAUGAUAUGAGCGGUCCCAGCUUGAACCAAGUACAAACUGAGCCGGUAGGAGCAAAUGGCGACCAACAACCUCCUCCACCGGUGGUAGCACCUAGUUAUUAUCGACCUAAGGAGAAUAACCCCAACCAACCGGUCGUUAAUCCACUGGAAAAGCCCACAGAGGGUACAAUGGUUGAGUUAAUCACGUGGUACGUCGUAUAUCCUAUACACUACAUGUGCAGGAAAACAAUGCCCGAUUGCAAAUCAGAAGAAUACAAAAAUUGGUACCCUUUCACAUUCUGUAUCUCAAUGAUUUGGAUUUCGUUUUAUUCGUACUUCAUGGUUUGGAUGAUAACAAUUAUAGGUAGCACUCUGGGGAUCCCAGAUACAGUCAUGGGAUUAACUUUUGUCGCUGCCGGCGUGUCUGUUCCAGACGCCCUGUCUAGUAUUGCAGUUAUAAAAGAAGGUUACGGUGACAUGGCGGUCUCAAACGCAGUUGGAUCUAAUGUUUUUGACAUUCUCGUCUGCCUUGGUCUACCAUGGUUCAUCCAAACUGCAAUCAUCAAACCUGGAUCACAUGUCAACGUGAUUAGUAAAGGUUUGACUUAUUCAACCUUAUCUCUGCUCUCCACCGUUGUAUUCCUCGUGGUGGCAGUGCACAUGAACGGCUGGAAACUGGACCGCAAACUCGGUGUGGUUCUGAUGGUGUGGUACCUUAUCUUUAUCAUCAUUGCCAGUAUGUAUGAGCUGAACGUCUUCGGUCAACUCAAUCCACCCGAAUGUACUAGCUUGUUUUAAACAAGUACAUGAUGAGUUUAGGCUUAAUGUAAGUACUACUUAAACUGAAUUAAAUAACAUUUCGGGAUGUAUAUAUGUAGGUACCCACAACCAUUCCCAUAAUUUCAUAGCAUCGUGCGCAGUGUUCAAGUUAAUGUCAACAAAACUUGAUAAUUUUGUCAGAAGACAAAUGGUCUAAUUUAUUUAUUGAUAUAUAUGUUGUUUGUGUAUUUAUCUCUCAUCGGAUCAACACAACACAAUAACAACUACUUAAUGCUUAAUGUUAGUUUACGAUUGUUAUUAGCCGUCCCGUAAGUAUAAAACGUGCGCUAGCAUCGCAUAUAUCAUAAUUAUUUUACCAUUUACACUUACGUAACAAUUUUAUUAUUUAUAUUUUAUGGUCUAUAUGCAACUAAAUUUGUGACUGAUCUUUCAAUAGUUUUUAAAAACAUCGAAACAUGUUUAUGAUUCCUUCCAUUACAAAACUAAUGGCACUUUAAUUAUUUCUUCUACGAUAUUGCGUGACAUUUAACUAACAAUAAAAAUGUAUCGUAGAAGAAAUAAUGUGUCCUUACUAUAUUACAAAAGAAAAACUGACUUUGAAACACAGAGUGUUGCAUUACCCCGGCUGAUAUUAUACAAAGAAAUAAUAGGUUAUUAUUGACAGGAAUAUUAACCUUAAAUUACAUUUAACAUUUUUAUGGUUUGGAAAAUAAAGAUAAAAGCUCUUUUUAACGUUAUACCGUCAGUAAUAAUAUUACUUUAUUUACUUUAUACGGUUCAUACCAAUCCGAACUGGUAAAUUUGAUUUAAAUUUUAAAUAAAUAUGAAAAAUACUAGUUUUAGAAAAAUAUUGCAUUAUAUACAAGGUGUUCCUUUGUUUUUAAUAUUUUAACAUUUUCUUUGGAUAACACCUUGUAUAAUCAAUGCAAUACCUACAUAUUAUUACGAAAUUUAGAGAAACGUAAGACAAUAAUAAACACAGCCUUAUAAUAUUAUAAAUAAAUAUGAAUAACCAUUUAUUAUUAAUUUAAAUUAUUACUGAUAUAAUAUUAAGGGCAAACAUUCGUAGCGACUUAAUAUAUUCCAAACUUUAUUUCAUAAAAACUACUCUUGAGAAAUACGAAAAUAAAUAAAAAAUAAAAUCAAUAUCGAAAUUGGAAAUGACAGUUGUAUAAUCUCAUGAAACUGCGUGUAUAUCUGCACGCAUGCUAUAAAUAAAAUCGAUACCACACUGAAUAAAUAAAUAUGAAUGGCCACGCUUAGCAAAUAAAUAGUUACUUAACUAGAUUACACAUUACAAUACAUAGUUUACUGCGAUAUAAAAAAACAACAAAAUAUAUCGUAUUUUAGCUUACUAGAUUUUCUUUCAUUUGCUUGCAAUAUUCGCACAUCUUCAUUCUAUUUUAUUACCCUCCACUUUAUGAACCAAUAAAAUGCAUAAAACGUUUAAUAUUAAAUGAACUUCCAUAUGGAGUACUCGUAUAUCUCCAAUUUGUAAGUUUAGUUUAGUAAUUACUCUAUCAGAUGAUAUUUAUUGCUAUGCGAUUGGCUCCUAAAUGUGUGCAAUUCAAUGUGCAUCAAAAUAAAAUUUCUGUUGCUUACGAUUCCAACUUAAAUUAAAAAGAAAAUACAGACACAGAUUAUUUAAGAAUAUUUAAAUAGAUAGCAAAAAUGUACAUGAACUGUAGCUAGGUUUAUAUUAAAUACGUGAAACAACGAAAAAUCGCUGAAUCUACAGAUAAAUAUGUAGAAUUUACGUAAAAUUAAAGAAUUAAAUUAAAACUACCACCUUAAGUGAAAAAAGAAAACUGUAAAAAAAAAACAUUUACCCUAAACGUAAACGCAAUUGCAGUUUUGUUUAAUCUCUAAACUGUUCACGCGGGCACUCUAAAUUUAAUUACUCUUAAUGUUUAAUACAAACUGCUAACAAAUUCCCAACUCAACUCGGGUGCUUCAUCUAACACCGUUUAACAUUUUGAACAGUUGCGUUGUUGGGCAAAACAAAUUUGCCAAAACUUUGUCGAGCAAAGUGUAAUUUAUAUUUCAAUGUUUUUAUUUAAAGCAUCAAAAAUAACCGCGGGAAAUAUAUUUAGCAGUCGUGUUAAUGUCAAAUUCAUCAUAUCUUUAUUCAAAGGUAAAUCACCGUAGAUAAAUUAUUACUAAUUGAAGUUAAAAAAAAGCGUAUAGAUGUCAUUGUUAUAAAUGUUUGCACCAAAUCUAUUUAUUGAACCAAAAGAUAUUCCUCCUAUACUUCCUAUACAUUCCAAAAGUAUAAACAAAGAACUAAACGUAAACAAAGUUACCAAAAAUGUAGAAAACUAGAAUUAUUUAUACAUACGUAACUUAACUUAUCAUUCUAUCAUGAUAUCAUCCAAAGAGCAAAUAUUUGAAAUCGAAUGUUAAUUAAAAUUUGCAAUUAGACGAGAAGCGGCACGGUAGUCAAUGAUAAAACGUAAAAUUUAAAACGAUAAACAAUUGAAAACUUAAAAAAUUAUUAAAUUAUACUCAUGAAACAAUUCCUAAAUCUAAACAUAAUAGCUUAGCAUAUUACUUACUACAAUUAUUCGCGUAUAGCAUAACCACAAAAAGAGAUAUUUACAGAGUGUAAAAAAAUCUAGGACAUUUAAAACGUUUGAAAACAAUUGACACAAAUUUUAGAGUAAAACAACUUACAAACACAACAAAUAACGUUAGAUAUUUAUCGUAUUGUAUUGAUGCGUAGAUUUUAAUAUUAAUAAUAAUAAUGUUUACGAAUAUUGAAUAAUUGAAUAUAUUUCUGCGAUGUAUUGUAAAAUGUACUUGUAUUAAUGUAAUGGAUAUAAUUACGCAUUGCAAUUAUUCAAAAACGUUGUUGACUGUUAAAUGUGUAACGUUACUUCCGUUACGUCAUUGUACCACCGCCAUAUUGAGUUCUAACCAUAAUUUUAUUCUACCAACCGCAAGAGAACGCAUUUAAUGUAAAUAUAUUUGUGAUUUUAUUGAUUGUGAUUACGUAAUAAGUUGUGAUGAUUUCAAAUGAUUAUACACUGUUAUUGAAUGUUUGCACUGUGAAGGUCGUAAAGCACUCGAAAGUAUUUAUAUUUGUAAGUGUUAUAAUGCUGUUCGAUGAUGAUGGUUAAAUGAUUCAUUAAAAGUAAAAACAAAACAAAAACAAAA